AUGACCUCCAGCAAUGAAAACACCACCAUUCCCAUCUUCAUAACGCCCCUCCGCGUCUUUACCCCUCCCUACCGCCCCCUCCCCCUCCUCAUCAACCCCUCCCCCUCCUUCCCCAGCUUCAACAUCACCCUCGCAGCCCUCGAUCACGCCCAUGCACUCCUCGCCCGGCACAGCCUCACGAACACUGUGUGCGAUGUCCUCUUUGCCAUCCGCGGCUUCGGUCGCCCCGGUGCAAAAGAACCUGAGACAGGGAGGGUGUUGACGCUGUUGGUUGUUGCUGAUUGGGUUGAUCCUCCCGAUCCUGGCGCCAACGAAGGGGUGCAGGGGCCGGGAAAGGGGAAGGGGAAAGGGAGUGAGAUUGUGUGGCCUACAGUGGUGAGGGAAUUGAAGAGUUGGGUUGACCAGCAAAUUGACCUGGAAGGGCUGGAUGUCUGCGUCGAAAUGAUCGAUCCAGAACUGCUAGUCCGCAAGCGGGUGGCCCCGGUGUACAGCUCUGCGUUGGCGGCGCUGGAUCCUGAGCCGGAGGUGCUGAUGCAGGAGACGAGGAUGCUGGAGCGGAACUGGGCUACGAUUCUCAACACGGUUUGGCAGAUCCUGGACAGAUGCCCUGCUACCAAGGGCAAUGUUGUCUGCAUCCUGAUGUGUCGGUUAGAUACGGAAAGAGAGGUGCAAGAGGAAGGAGGGGGAUUAGUUGCUUAUGCUGGGGUAGGACAGAACAGUCUAGAGUUUGGUUGGGGGAAUGCGUUGAGGGAUGUGAGGGAGUGGAGAGAAAGCGAUGAAGGGAUGGAGGUUUGGGGGGAUGAUGAAGGGCUGGAUUUUGGGAUCGAGGGCGUGCCGCAGGGGGAGCAGAGUCUAGUUACGAGCUGGUGGAUUGCCAGGCCUCUUCAGCCUCAUGCCCUCGAAGAUGAAGGGAAGGAGAGGGUCACGGUUAGACGGGGCCCGGUUGGGCCAGAGAUCUGGCUCGCCGGGAACAAGGACGAAUACUCCCUUCGAGUCGACGCCGGCCACGACUUCUCUGCCUGGCGUCUUCUCUCAGAGUAUCCAGACAGCAUUCCCGUCUUCCCGGCUGUUGGCACGAUAGGCUGCUGGGUCGACGUCAAGCUUCCCGGCACAGGAAAAUGGAUCACCCUGGCCUUAACUGCGUACCACGUCAUACGCCCAGCACUUCGCGGGUUUCGGGUUAAGGCUGACCCGAAGAGAUCAGGCGAAGCGAUUCCCCUGCCGCCAGUGGAGGGGAGUCCGUGUUGGAUGGUUGAUAGGUACGGGUUUGGUCCGAGGCCCAAGGAGGGGGGAGGGUCGGAAUUCCGAGGGAAUUGGCAUGAAGACAUGUUGAAUGACUGGCUUCACCUCCCCUGCUUUCAAUCCCCCUCUCGUCUCCGAGACGCCAUUACGACGGGGGACCUAGAGAAGGCCGCCUCAUCACCAUACAAGGACCCCGACAGACACCGGCAGCGCCUUCAGCACAACCGAGACUUCCUCGCAAACGAAAACCACGACUUUGGUAUCCUCUGGGCUGCAUCGGGCUUUAACCAACGCUCAUCCUCCGGCAGCCGGUUAGACUGGGCGUUGAUCAAGCCUUGGGAAGACAAGAGAAUCGGGGAGAAUAAGCUCCCGUCCGGGUACGCCUGGCAAAGGCAGUACCCCUACUCAGACGCGGACGAGCGUUUCCCCGAGGAGUCGACUUUCUCAGGGUACAUGAAGCCCCCAUGCCCCUCACACUCCCUCCGUACCAUGCCCGCCGGCAGCCAAGUCUUCAAACUCUCCCCCGGCACGGGCCCAACAACCGGUAUCUCCAACGGCCCCCAUCUCAAAGCCCACUUUCUCCUGCGGGAAGCCUCAUACAUGUCCCAAUCCCUGCAAUCACCCAGCCCUUAUACAUCAGAAUGCAUCAUCUUCCCCCCACCCCCUGACAACACCGAACUGCCCGAGUUCGACCCAAACGCCGGCUUGGGGAUGCCACGACGAGCAGUGCCGUUUGCGAGUGAAGGGGAUGCAGGGGCAAUAGUAUGGGAUCGUGAGGGACGAGUGCUGGGAAUGGUAUUGGAUGGACAGCUGCCACAGCAGUGUAGACGGGGAGGGGGUUGGGUGGCGGUGAUGCCGAUUGAAGAUGUUUUUGGGGGGAUUAGGAAGAAAGUGGGGGAGGGGGUAGAGGUGAGGUUGUCGGAGGGGAAGAAUGGGGAAUGUGAAUGA